CGGCGAGGUGGGGGAGGGCGGUCCGUGUGUGUCUGUGUUGUUGUUCGGCGGCGGCGGCGGCGGCGGCGGCGGUAAGAUGGCUGCCCACGGGGGCUCCGCGGCGUCCUCGGCGCUGAAGGGGUUAAUUCAGCAGUUCACCGCCAUCACCGGUGCAAGUGAAAGUGUAGGGAAACACAUGCUUGAAGCGUGCAACAAUAACCUGGAAAUGGCGGUCACUAUGUUUCUGGACGGUGGAGGGAUCGCUGAAGAGCCCAGCACCAGCUCAGCAAGCGUCUCUGCCGUCAGACCACACACCGAAGAAGAAGUUCGUGCCCCAAUUCCUCAAAAGCAAGAAAUACUGGUGGAACCAGAACCAUUAUUUGGUGCCCCUAAGAGACGACGGCCUGCACGUUCAAUUUUUGAUGGUUUCCGGGAUUUUCAGACUGAAACCAUUCGGCAAGAACAAGAAUUAAGAAAUGGUGGAGCUAUAGAUAAGAAAUUGACUACCCUUGCAGAUCUAUUCCGGCCACCCAUUGAUUUGAUGCAUAAAGGCAGCUUUGAAACAGCCAAAGAGUGUGGCCAGAUGCAGAAUAAGUGGCUGAUGAUAAACAUUCAAAACGUACAAGACUUUGCAUGUCAGUGCCUCAACCGUGAUGUGUGGAGCAAUGAAGCUGUGAAGAAUAUUAUCCGGGAACAUUUCAUUUUCUGGCAGGUUUAUCAUGACAGUGAGGAAGGUCAGAGAUACAUACAGUUUUAUAAGUUAGGGGAUUUCCCCUAUGUUUCCAUAUUGGACCCACGAACAGGUCAGAAGCUAGUAGAAUGGCACCAGUUAGAUGUAUCUUCUUUCUUGGACCAAGUGACAGGAUUUCUGGGUGAACAUGGACAACUGGAUGGACUUUCUAGUAGUCCCCCCAAAAAAUGUGCCCGUUCAGAGAGCCUUAUAGACGCAAGUGAAGACAGCCAGCUAGAAGCUGCCAUCAGAGCCUCCUUACAAGAAACACACUUUGAUUCAACACAGACAAAACAGGAGAGCCGCUCGGAUGAAGAAUCUGAAUCUGAACUUUUUUCUGGCAGUGAAGAGUUCAUAUCUGUUUGUGGUUCUGAUGAAGAGGAGGAGGUAGAGAAUCUUGCCAAGUCCAGAAAGUCUCCCCACAAAGAUUUGGGGCAUAGAAAAGAGGAGAAUAGAAGGCCACUGACCGAGCCCCCAGCCAGAACUGACCCUGGAACAGCCACAAACCACCAAGGAUUGCCAGCCGUGGAUUCAGAAAUACUGGAGAUGUCACCUGAAAAGUCAGAUGGAGUAGUGGAGGGCAUAGAUGUAAAUGGACCAAAAGCACAGCUGAUGUUGCGGUAUCCAGAUGGAAAAAGGGAACAGAUCACUCUUCCAGAGCAAGCUAAACUGCUAGCUUUGGUGAAGCACGUCCAGUCUAAAGGAUACCCAAAUGAACGCUUUGAACUCCUCACCAACUUUCCUCGAAGGAAAUUGUCUCAUCUGGACUAUGAUAUUACCUUGCAAGAGGCAGGCCUUUGUCCUCAAGAGACUGUCUUUGUACAGGAAAGAAAUUAACACCAUGGCCUGACCUCUCUCAGCUUACCCCUUUUUUCCCCUUUUCCCGUGAGAUACCAUGUCACUAAGUGUGCAUUUGGCUUACAGGACCACAGAGCCAGAGUUGGGCAAGCAAGUCACCUUCCUUCUAUUUCUCGACCUCUCCUAUAAUCAGUCUCUUUCUCCCCCUGUUUCUCUCUCCCCUCUGUUCUCUCCCUCCCCAUUCUGUCCCCUUCCUCCCUCUCUCCCCCCACACUUUCUUUCUUACCUAAUCUGGUGACCAAAUUGAAGUGUAAGGAUAAGACCUCUCCUAGUACCAGCAGCAGGAACUCUGUGUUCCAGUCAGUGGUCUCUUGCACGGCACUUUUUUGGGAUCAAAUGUUAAUGUUACUCCCCAGACUCCUCUGGCAAAGGAAUGGCUAGAUUCAGAGUAAGAACAACCUCCCUUUUUUGUAAGCCCCCAUUUUUUGUAGGGAGAAGAAAUUCUCUAACAUGUGUUUCGUUUUGCUGUAUUCUUCAUGUAGGAAAUAUCACUUAACAAAAUAUCCAGGCUUUUGUUUAUGUGGAAAAAGCAUCCCUUGUAAUUAUUGCUCAUCAUACUUAAAAACUUUUGUCAAAGGAUUUUCAUGUUCCCAGCUAUAAGAACUAUUUCCAUGACAUGUGUUAUUGGCAGAAUGAGCGUUAAAUAUGGAGUGUAUAGCUUGGAGUGACUUUCAUUGUCCUGGCCUGAGACAAUUUUAUUACUCUGUAUCGACCCUGCUGGUCCAAGAACGAGCAUGAAGGAGCCUGUCGUGGUGACAGGAAUGGGCAGGUGCUUGCUGUUUCUGCCAGCACAGCAUAUUUGUUCCCUUGGAGUCCUCUAUUGUCUGGGUCUGCAGUGAUCUGUAGGAAGGCAGCUGGUCAAUCAUCAUGUAGUGCAAUGGCUUGUCAUUGUGACCACUGUGGUUACUGAUUGUCCUGUGUUGUUUCAGGCAUACUUAGGUAUGUCCCUGGGGAGAAAGAAAGCCAUUCAGCAGAGAGUUGCUAACCACCUUCUUUUGGUUAGAAAUAAUGGUUCGUUUUUUGUCCCUGGUUGGAAUAGUCUCCGAAAGGCUCUGGUGACUGACUUGAACUUGAGUCCAUAUGCUGUUUUCUUUCAAAAGGUAUCAAAACUGAAGAAAGCCUCUCUAAGGGGAAAACCUUUAAACUCAAUUCAGAAGACAACAUUUAGUAAGGGGGAUGAUGGAGGUUACUAGUAAUUUUCAGAUGUUGUGGGAUUUUUCUGCCAACAAAACCCAAUUCAAAUUGGAGUUGGUGAAAGCUUUCUUCAAUAUUUUUUAGAAGAGGCCAUCUUGAAUCUAUGUAAUACCAUUUAUAUAUCAGCUUCACUCUAUGCUCAGUUCUUAUUUUGAGCUUAAUUGGAGUCCUCUGAAGGAAUAGUCGUGAUUCUGGUGGCAAAACUAGAACUUUUAACUUGUAAAAUUAAAAUAUUAAAUGAACCUUUUUUGUCAAUUGAGGAUUUAGAUUGAUUCUUUAAUCUGAGGAACGUAAACUGAUGUUGCUUAGAGACCUUUAGGUUUUCACCUACUUUAAGAUUGCUCUCUUGGCAAUUAGGGGAUUUGGGAAAAGAAAAAAAAAGAUGUGUUGCUAGUACAAAAUUAUAGAAUGUGAUUUCUAAUGGUUGGUUGGAUUUUGAGGAACCCUCCCUAAAGAAUGAGUUAUGUAUCUCCUCACAGAAAUCAUGGAAAAUUGUUUAUUCUUCAGUGAGUCCUUUUGAAUUAAUGUUCUUGCAUUUUUUCUAAGUCUGUGUAAGUGCUAUGUAUAAGUAUAUAAUUGUAUAAAUAUUUAUAAAUAUAUUUAUAUAAUUACGGUUUCAUUUCUACCUUGAGUCAAAGUUCUCUCUCUAGAGUGGUGACUGAGUAAUACUUACACUUUGGUGUUUUUUAUGGUUCUUGAGGCUUAACAAGCAGCUUUUGAUUUAUUGAGCGAAGGAUGGUUUUUAUGUUAAUUCCUCAAUUGUGUCUCUGAACUUGGGUAACAUACUUGCUGUUUGAAGAAUAGAGCUAUGUGCUGUUAAAGGUGCCCUGGAGGUUAAGACAUUUGUUGGUAGUAGACAAGGUCAGAAAUCUAAAAAUUCAGGGAGGCACAGGGUAAGAAAAGGAGGUAUGCUUAGCUUGGUGCACUGAUGGCCCCCAUUUGCUCGCCCAGCAGAGUCACAGCUGAAGCCCAAAUCAGUCAAACAUGUCAACAGUUUAUCCAUUGGGUUCUGUUUCAUUCUCUUUACCUUCUAGUUUCUCAUGGUAAAACAUAUUCAGAGAAGCUGGUAGUGUGUCCGUUAGUGAGGGGACGUAGUUCUUUUCCACAUGCUCAGCACUUGCAUAUUCAUUUAUGAGAAACCAAAGUGACUUCUUCAACUUAGGCUACUGUGAGAUGACUAAGUAUACAUAAAGCGAUUGAAGAGAUGGCAUGACACAUUCAUCCAACUUAACAUCUAACUGGGAUUUUACAAUACAAGAGGUAGUGGGUUUUGUUUUAUUUUAUUUUGAGGUGGGAGUGUCAUGAUCUUAGGGUUGAUACAGAGUUCCAUGGGAGGAGUUAUGGAUUGUACAUGGGAAGAAUGCAUAAGGAGUAUUGCCUUCCUCAAGAAUUUAGUCCACUGACAGGAGUAUGCUUCUUCCAGUUUGCUUUAUUUCCUCUGCAAGUUCCUUUGCUCUUUAGGGGAGAGGUUUUAUUGAAUAGAUUCAAUGAGGUCAGUAAGGUUAGUUAAAAAUAGUCAUUCCUUGUGGGUGUUGGAAACAGUUUGAAAAAGUGUUAAAAAAAAAAAAAGCUAGGG